UUUUUCUAGGAUAGGUCAGGUCUAUGUCCCUCCUCCUGCUUUCUGUUGAUAUAAUUCCGCUGGAUGGCGCUGUCACAUCAGGGACCUGGCACUGCUUAUUGACAGCUGCUAUUUGGAAUUCUCAUGCUUCUGCAACUCUGAAACAUCACUGGACACAUCUAUACUCAUAGCUCUACACUGAAACACACACCAGCUCCUGUGGGAUGAUGUGAAGAGAUGAUAGCAGAACCUACAGUCACCUCCAGGUCCUCAGUACAGAAUGAGAACUUGGCUGUGGACGCAAACUCCUCUGGAGCUGUCAAUCACACAGUGGGCGGAGCCCGGAAUGAGAACAGACAGAGUUUGAGAGGGAAGAGGAGGGCACGGGGGGGCUCUGAGAAUGCCAAGCGCAGACACACCAAGGUAACCAAUGGCAGUCUGGGUCGGGCACAGAACAGACACCUCAAACAUGGGGACAUUGAGGCCGUCACAUUGUUCGAGGUGGUCACCAUGGGCAGGAGUGCCAUGCAGGCUGUAGUUGAUGAUUGGAUUGAGGCGUACAUCACAGACAGAGACUCUGGCCUCCUGGACCUCAUUAGCUUCUUCAUCCAGUGUUCCGGUUGCAAAGGUUUGGUGACAGCUGAGAUGUUCCAAAGCAGGCAGGAUGAUGUCAUGAGGAAGAUGGUGGAGGAAUUGGAUGAGGGUUCGGGGCUGCAGUAUAAAAAAUUCCUGGCCUUCCCCUGGAUCCUCACAGUCACGUGGCCCAUGGACAUGGACAGUGGGGAAUAUCCUCUCACCAUGUCUGGUCCGUACUGGCGCCGGUUCCGUGGUGAGUUCUGUGAGUUUGUGUCGGUGUUGGUAACCCAGUGUCAAUACAAUGUGAUCUUUGACAGCUACCUCAUGGACACACUCAUCUCUCUGCUCACCGAGCUGUCCGACUCCCGUGUACGAGCCUUCAGACACACCUGCACAUUGGCAGCAAUGAAGUUGCUAAGCUCUCUGAUUGGAGUAGCCCUUAGUCUGAGUGUGAGUAUAGAGAACAGCCAGAGACUGGGCGAGGUGGAGAGAACCAAGACAUCAGGAAGACGCAACUCACCAAGACUGGAGAGAAUACACAGGAAGACCACAGAGCUGCAGGAUAGGAGGGUGGAGAUAGAGAACAUGAUGGAUGCCAUAUUCAAAGGAGUCUUCCUGAAGAGAUACCGGGAUGUGCUCCCAGAGAUCCGGUCCAUGUGUAUGGAAGAGCUGGCUGUAUGGAUGAAACUUUACAGUCCAGUGUUUCUGACUGACAGCUACCUCAAAUACAUGGGCUGGAUGAUGCAUGACAAGCUACCUGACGUGCGUCUGAAGUGUGUGUUGGGGCUACAGGGUCUGUAUGGAGACCCGCUCCUCCUGCCCAAACUAGACCUCUUCAACAGCCGCUUCAAGGACAGGAUGAUCUCUAUGACUCUGGACAAGGACCACGAGGUGGCAGUUCAGACCCUGAGACUACUCAUACUCAUCUCCCAGUCAGCUGAUGAGGUUAUAAAUCCUGAGGACUAUAAGCAGCUGUUCCAGUUGGUGUACUCCUCACAUCGUCCUCUGGCUACCACCGCAGGAGAGCUGCUCUACACACGGUUGCUCAGCUCCCCUACUCCGGCACCUGACCUCAGAGAGGGGGCGAGUGAGCAGGACACACACACACAGCUGACGACAGCCAGAGUGAGGGCUCUGCUGCACUUCUACCAGGACAGUGAGCUCCAUCAGCAUGUAGUAUACCUGGUAGACAGUCUGUGGGACUGUGCUGGUGCCAUGCUGAAGGACUGGUCAUCUCUUACCUCGUUACUGCUACAGGACCCCUCCACUCAGGAUGCAGAUCUGAGUGCUGGAGAGCAGUCUCUGGUUGUAGAGUUAUUGGUGGCAUCAGUGCGUCAGGCAGUAGAGGGACCCCUGCUGGCGGGAAGGAGCACAUGCAAGAAGGUGGUAAGUGCCAGAGAAAAAAAGUCUCAGGUAGAUGACUGUGGCAGACUCACUGAACACUUCCUCAAGGUACUGCCACAGUUGCUGAUUAAGUAUUCAGGGAGCCCAGAAACUGUGGCAUCUCUUUUGAAGAUACCUCAGUACUUACACCCAGAUUCGCCAAAUGCAGAAUUCCCACAGGCGUUGUCGGGCCUGCUGGCUGAGAUGGGAGCUGUUUUGGAGCUCCACACUGACCCUGCAGUGCUGGAGGCGGCUGCUCGCUCAUACCUCAGCCUGUGUGGAGAGGAAACAGCCUGGCACCCCCUGGCACGACCUGGCAGAGACGCAGUGGUCCAAUGCUGGGCAGACAGAUUGGCAGCACUGCUGGGUGACGCACUGCAGGAUGGCAACUUCACUGCUGAUGAGGAAAAGACAGGAGAGAUUCUAUCCACACUGAAGAAACUCACUGCUUUCCACAAUGCCCAGGACCUGUCUCGUUGGGGACUGUAUGAGCAGGUCUUUCCUCUUCUCUCAGUGGAGAUCAUUCACGGUGGAUUACCUACACAGCUGACAGUGGAAGCUCUGCAGUGUGUAUCUUACUCUGUCCUCUGGAACCUCAACACCAGUAGAGAAACCCUGACCUCACGGGAAAAGGCUGUAGCCCAGAGGAGUCAGAUGAGAGCAUUGUGUGAGAAGUGUCUACGUUGUCUGUCCCACAACGAUCAGAGUGUGAAGGAGCAGGCAUUCCUGUCUCUGUGUGAUGUCUUGACAGCCCACAACUACCAGUUGCAAGUGUGGGAUCCCUCGUCUUACGGCCCCCUGCUCUACACUCCCGACCCAAAACUUCAGAGGGCGCUGCUUGCCUUCAUUCUGGAGCACGUCUUCACUGGAGCAGAGUAUGACAGCCACAGCAGGGGUAGUGAUGUAGAGUCUGGUGAGGGGAGGUUGGAGGAGCUCCACAGACGUAGGAGCUUAUUGGCAGGCUUCUGUAAACUCAUAGUACACGGGGUGCUGGAGAUGAGUAUGGCUGCUGAUCUCUUUAAGUAUUACAUGAAGUAUUAUAAUAACUUUGGUGACAUCAUUAAGGAGACUCUGAGCAGAACACGGCAGAUGGAUAAGAUAGAGAGUGCUCGCACGCUGGUGCUCUGUCUGCAACAGUUGUUCCUGCGUCUGAAGCAGGAGCAGGACAGUGGAGUCACCUGUAGCUCAGGUGUCCAAACAUUCAGCAGCAUCAAGGAGCUGGCCAGACGCUUCUCUCUCACCUUCGGCUGGGACCAGACAAAGUCCAGAGAGUCCCUCACUCUGAUCCAUAGGGACGGUAUAGAGUUUGUUUUUCAGGGCUUUGUCCAGAGAGCAGAGAAGCCCUCUCCUCCAUACCUCUCCUACCUUACCAUCCUCAGCGAGUUCUCCAGCAAGCUCCUCAGACCAGACAAAAAGAUUGUUUACACCUACCUACAGAGGUACAUAAGUGAACAGAUCAUCAGUAACAGAGAGGAGUGUUGGCUGCCACUCAUCUACUACCGAGCCUCCUUAUUGGCUACUGGGGCUGAGGGGGAAGAUGCUGUGUCCUUCAUCAGCUCUGAUACGCUAAAGCAACCGUCUCUAGCCAAUCGCUCACGCUCUCCCUCUGUCAGACACAGCCCGACUGCUGAUGGAGACAUGAGGUCCCCGUCUGCUCUUACCUCUACUGAGACCAAAGUAAGGAGGCUCCAUAAGGCCAGCAGCAGUACAAGCCCAGAGGACAGGAAGCCAGAGGUUGAGCUUGGUCCCAUCGCCAGGGAUCCCCCGCCGACCAUAGUGAUAUCAGAGGAGCCGUUCCACGCUAACGAGGAAUUGGAUGUGGACACUGUGGAGGUUGACCUGUGAACUGGAAGAUGGAUUGAAUAAAAUAAGUCACAUGCUUUGUAAACAAAAAGUGUAUACUAACAGUGAAAUGCUUACUUACGGGACCUUCCCAACAAUGCAGAGAGAAAGAAAAUAGUGAAGUAAUAAUAAAUACACCAAUGAGUAACAAUAACUUGGGGUACCAGUACGAUUUAAAUAUAACUAGGCAGCGUAUGUGAUGAGUCGAUAUAAGAAUGGAUGGGAGCAAUAUGACAAACAUUAUCACCUUUCCUAUCAGAAAGGAUGUGGUGGUAGUACCAUAUUGCUUAUAACUCCCAAUACCUAUUGAUAUCUACACAGGUGGCUGGGGGUCGUGUCUGGACAAGGAUGGAAUAAACACCCUUUUACGCAUCUUAGUUAUCAAAAGGGACAACGGUCUUGCUUCCUCUCCUUCAUGGCACUGAUUUGAAAGAGGAAGAAAAUAAUCUGGUGUAUGCUUUCCCCCAUCCAGAUGUAGGAAAGGAGAUGAGACAUGGAGUAUUUUUCUGUAACCUUAUUUAAACCAACUGUCAUUAUAGAACUGGCUCUUUGACAAGUUUUUUUUUAUUUUACAGCUUCCAGCCCAUGUAGACAAUUUGACAGUCUUCCUUAGAGAAGAUGCUGUACCAAUGGUAGGUUAAGACUAAUUACCCAGUAUCUUAAUUGAUUCCAGGACAAUGAUGUGGUGCAUUAUGGAUAUAAGCUCUUUUUAUUUGUAUUAAAACCAAUGUAUCUGCUGGUGCUGUUAUUUCACUUCGCUCUUGGGAAAAGUCCCUCUAGAUACUAAAGAAUGAUAAAUUGUACUCAAGCUUGAAAGAAUGCUUUUAGGGAACACUAGUGGGCUCGUUUUUACACUAAAAGCGUCAACUUAAAUCGUAGCAAAUGCUAUUUUGGUGCCAGCGUUUUAAUUUUGAUUAUAAAAUAAGCAUAUUGUGUGUAUAAGAGGUUACGGUCAUAUAGACUGAUUAUCAAUGAGUCAGAUGUGCCCUAGCUAGUAGGUGAUUGUGUUAUGGCUUAGAUCUCACCGACAUGAUCUAAAUAGGAUUGUUAUUGAAACACUCCACUGUUCAUCUGUUCUAAUGGUAGAUUUUUACACAACAGUGUGGUCUGUAAAGGUGUGUGGUCAUAGUAGCUAAUCAGACCUGUUUUAAUUGACUUGUCAUUGGAAAUGGUACCAUCAAUAAAUAUCACUCGCACAAAA